AUGGAGAAUUCAAUAGAAUGCAAAUACGUAAAACAGCAAAAAAGGUUCUUAACGGACCUACCAUCAGAUAUUUUGGUUGAAAUUCUGUCGAGGCUCCCUGCCCGAGCCGUAUUCCGAUGCAAAUGCGUGUGCAAAACCUGGAUCAAGAUAUUUUCCGACAGUAAAUUUACAGCCUUACAUUUUGCCAAGGCUCGUCCAGGCCUCGUCAUCCAUCAAUCUGAUAUGUUCAAGAAUUUCAUGAAGGUAGUGGAAUUUGAAGAUGAGAUUGAUCAUCAUGAUCUUGAUGAUGAUUCUCUUGUGAAAUUUGAUCUCAAGAGGUUGAGUGAAUUCUCUGAUGCAAAUAUAGUUCUUGAUGGCUCUGUUAAUGGUUUGAUAUGCCUGAGGGAUACGAAUUACGAACACGAAAGUGUUUACGUCUGUAAUCCAAUAACACGGGAAUAUGUUAGGCUCCCGGCUCCCAAGGGAGUCGUUCGGUAUCCUAGCAUAGUCACGUACGGGUUCGGGGUAAGCAGAGUAACUGGUGAAUACAAAGUGGUUCGAGUUUUUCACCACCAGGUUCUCGACCCGAUUAGGCAAACAUGCGUAAGAAUUCCAAGGUCGGAAUGUCAUGUUUACACCCUCGGAACGGAAUCAUGGAGAAGAAGUAAUGAAAAUAUGUCGAAUUUUGCAUAUGGUCGUCGUUGUCGUUCUGUUGGGUUAUUUUUCAAUGGAAAUAUUCAUUGGCUGAUACAAGAUUUAGAUGGUACUCAUGAACUGAUUUCAUGUUUUGAUCUUGAAAAUGAAGUGUUUCAACCAUUUCCGGCUCCAUUUCCGGGCACGCAAGGUCUUCUGGGGAGUCUCGGAGUUUUACAAGAUCGUCUGUGUUUAUGUGAUAAUACUUCGUAUUGUGAAAUCAACAUCUGGGUUAUGAAGGAAUAUGGAGUGGAGAAGUCGUGGACUCGACAAUUUGUCAUCACUAAAAUGACAGAGCUAAUAGGGCCAACACUUGAAGUAGUCUAUCCAUUCAAAGUUUUCAAAGAUGGUGUGAUUAUGGUGCUAUGGGGGGACUUCUUUAUGCUGUACUGUUGCAAUAAGAGUAAUCUCGGGCAAGAAGUUGACCUCGAACAACCACGAGGGUCUAAUAGUAUCGAGGCAAUGCUUCAUGUUUCAAGCUUGGUUUCACUCAAGAACUUUGGAUUGGAGAAUGUUCGUAACUUUUGA